GCGCCAUCUACUGUGAUAGUAAAUUCUUAAUACCUAGCAUAUUAGCGGUUGCUGUGAGUAUCAUCAUCGUGUUUUAAUACGUGUCCAUUGGUACUUGUUUGUUCGGUGUUUCCAUUAAGCAAUAUUUAUUUCGUGAAUCUAUGGAGUAUCUUUAUUGUAAAAUAUCUUUGAAUUUCUAUUUGUAUUAGCAUAAGGCGCCUAGUGCGCCUUCCCGUCACGAUGAUCAUGUGUCGGGCUCGAUUGUUAUUCCAUUUUCUGGCGCUUAGCCUACUCCCUUUUGUCUAUCUCGACGAGCAUACUCACGUUUAUGAAGAUAAUGAUGAAGUUGUAUUAUGGAUGAGUACUGUUGGACCAUAUCAUAAUCGACAGGAAACUUAUUCCUAUUAUUCAUUACCUUUUUGUAUGGGCACAAAAAAUGUUAUUAAUCAUUAUCAUGAAACUUUUUCUGAAGCAUUACAAGGCAUCGAACUCAAAUUUAGUGGUCUGGAAAUUGAAUACAAAGCUGAUAUUGCAAAAAUGGAUUACUGUCAAAUAAAAUUAUCUGAAGAAAGUGAAAAAGCUUUCAUAUAUGCAGUGAAGAAUCAAUAUUGGUAUAAAAUGUAUAUGGAUGAUUUACCAAUAUGGGGUGUUGUGGGAGAGCCUGAAGAUAAUAAUGGAAUUGUAUCUUAUUAUAUUUGGACACAUAAGAAAUUUGAUAUAGGAUAUAAUGGAAAGCAAAUAGUUGAUGUAAAUUUAACUAGUGAAAAUAAAAUUAAAUUAGUGCAGGAUACAGCCAUUUCUUUCAGUUAUGAAGUUAAUUGGAAAAAGAGUAAUGUUAAAUUCGAAGAUAGAUUUGACAAAUAUCUGGAUCCUAAUUUUUUCCAACACAGAAUUCAUUGGUUCAGUAUUUUUAAUAGUUUUAUGAUGGUAAUCUUUCUUGUUGGACUUGUUUCAAUGAUUUUAAUGCGUACAUUAAGAAAAGAUUAUGCUAGAUAUAGUAGAGAUGAAGAAAUGGAUGAUAUGGAACGAGAUUUAGGUGAUGAAUAUGGAUGGAAACAAGUUCAUGGAGAUGUAUUUAGACCUGCUAGUCAUGCAAUGCUUUUUUCAGCUCUUAUAGGUGCUGGAUAUCAGGUUACUGUGGUUGUACUUAGUGUUAUUAUUUUUGCUAUUCUCGGAGAAUUGUAUACAGAAAGAGGAUCAAUGUUAUCAACAGCAAUUUUUGUGUAUGCUGCUACAUCACCUAUAAAUGGUUAUGCUGGAGGAGGUUUAUAUGCACGUAUGGGAGGUCGUAUUUGGAUUAAACAAAUGAUUCUUAGUGCUUUUAUGUUACCUUUUAUUGUCUGCGGCACUGCAUUUUUUAUUAACUUCAUUGCAAUGUAUUAUCAUGCCAGCCGUGCUAUACCAUUUGGUUCCAUGGUAGCAGUAACAUGUAUUUGUAUAUUUGUUAUAUUACCAUUAACAUUAGUUGGAACUAUUUUGGGUCGUAAUUUAGCUGGAACUCCAGAUGCACCAUGCAGAGUUAAUGCAGUACCUCGACCAAUUCCCGAAAAAAAAUGGUUCAUGGAACCAUUGGUUAUAAUUAUGCUUGGUGGUAUCUUACCCUUUGGAUCAAUAUUUAUUGAAAUGUACUUUAUUUUUACCUCAUUUUGGGCAUAUAAAAUUUAUUAUGUUUAUGGAUUUAUGUUACUAGUAUUUGUUAUUCUAAUGAUAGUAACUGUUUGUGUUACUAUUGUAUGUACAUACUUUUUAUUAAAUGCUGAAGAUUAUCGAUGGCAGUGGACAAGUUUCUUAGCGGCUGCUUCAACUGCUGGUUAUGUCUAUAUAUAUUCCUUCUAUUAUUUCUUCUUUAAAACUAAAAUGUAUGGUCUCUUCCAAACGGCAUUUUAUUUUGGUUAUAUGGCAUUGUUUAGUCUCGCCUUGGGUAUAAUGUGUGGAACAGUUGGUUAUGUUGGUACUAAUGCAUUUGUACGAAAGAUAUAUUCUACAGUCAAAAUAGACUAAAUCACAAUUCUAGUGUAAUAUCUACAAUUAACUAAAAUAAGAACAUACAAAAUAAAACCUGCCGGUUUUUAUAAAGUAGGACUGUUCUUUUGAUUAAAGUUAUUUAUAAUGUACAAAUGCAACUUAUGAAAGAACUAUAUUAAUUUUAAUGAAGUAUAGCUAAAUAUUUAAAGAGAAAUAUUCAUUAUAUCAUUUUUUAAAAAUA